AUGACCUCUAAGAAUUUCGACGCCCGAUCUGUUCAUUCCCAACCGGAACAGGUUGAGGACGCAGAUAACAACUCCGCCACAACAUUGAAAUUUUGCUCUUCCGCUGAAGCGAGCUUUCCGGAUCGAGCAGCACACCUCGCGCCAUCCGUGCGGCAUGUUGCAUUACCCGUCGCCAACACCAUUUUCGUCAACGAACGACGAACAACUCUUUUCCAGGACUCGUGGAGGAUGAAACUCACUGAGUCAGAGGAACCAACCAUCAGCUAUCUUGGCAGAAAGAGUCUCAAAUCUUUUCAAAUGAACCUUCCCUGCCCGGGAGAUUGUUUUGUAGACGGCGGAUCUGCGCCAUUACACGCACUAACAAAGCCGAGAAAGGUCGUUCGAUCCAUGGGAAAUGUGCUUCGUCAGAUUGAAGUCGACGGCGAGGCUGUCCCUGCCUCACAAGAGCUUGAGACAGCCGUUUCAGCAUAUAUCAAGUCGAAUCCCACGAGCAUGGUUCGGGGUCCACUCCUCGUCUUUGGUCUGAUUCGUUCACCAGGGACUCCAUCGUUCGACGCGGAUGCGGAUGCAAACAAGGAUACCAAGGAAUCGGGCUCACUGAAACCGCUUUGGCAAGGAGCACAGCUCUUCAAGGUCUCAGGCGGCGGAGGAGGCUGGGGAAAGAGACAAGGCCUCUUAUCACUGGAAUCAGCUGUCGAUUUCGAAAUCGGUGACGCGCCAUCACUUGUGUUCCCAGACCUGGAUAGCGACCAAGGCGGCUUCCAUGAGCUAGGGUCGCGUAGCAUAGUCCCAGUGGACAGCACGGUCGAGUUCUUAGUUUGUUCUGUGGAUUCUGCACCCAAGGCCAGCGCAAGAACAUUCCCAUCAAAGCCCGCGUUGUUCCCUAGGCAAAAAGACGGCACGACCGUCGUACUGGGUACUGCCAUGGACCCCGACUCCCAGGACUAUCUGGCAGAGGACCCAGACACCACCAGCACAGGGGUGGUCUUCUUACCGGAUUACUUCGGCAUAGUCUCUUACGGAGGUGCUGCUCUUGGCACUGACAGCUCAAUAUCGACCGGACAUAAAUCGAAAGCGAUUUCGCGGACACGCUGUGAUGUUCCGAAUGCUCGCUUCAUCAUUCGUGGCGUGGGAAGUGUGCAACGGCCUUGUUCUACAGGAGACGAGUACGUGUUGAAGAAAGAAUAG